AUGGAAAUGUGCGAUGAAGAGUCCGAAGAAUCGCGUCGAGUCACUGAAUCAUCAGCUGGGCUUCCGCCUGGGUGGAAGCGAAUCCUUACUGAGUUUUUAGCUGGCCCUCGAGCUGGUACUUCCGAGUCCGUGAUUGUAUCACCAGAUGGCAAAGAAUUCAUUUCAAAACCUGAACCUGUUAAUCGAACAGAACCGGCAGCCGUUCAGGAAUCUACCGACACGAUGAAGUUGGCCUCUGGGGGUCAUCUUCCGGAUAGCGGCUCCGAUAGUGAAGCGGAAGAAGCGAAGCAGAAACAGAGUAUGAUUUUGCGGAGGAAAUCUUCUUAUGAACCGAAUGAAGAAAGUGAUGUCAGUAGUAAAGUCAAGAAUCCUGAAUGGAAUUUGAAAGUCGUAGACCCGAGCGAACCUUGUCCAUGGAUGUUGACCGCAUCGCCACUGCGGAAUGGCCGCAAAUUUGGGGAGUACAAUGAGCUGGCUCGUACCACACAUGGUGUUCCGCCUGGCUACCUGAAACUCUUGAUACAGCGUCGAUACGGGUGCAUGACAACGAGUGUCAUAAUUAUUUCACCUACUGGUAAACGUCUCUGGACGCCAAAAGACGUUUCAAAAUAUGCAGCUACUAGGGGACUUGAUCUCAAACCGGAGGAUUUCAACUUUUCAAAAGUUUUCCCAGAAAUAGAAGAGAAACCUGUUCGUAUUGUCCGCCCCCCGAUUGUCACUUAUUCGCGGAAAGAUAAACGAACCCAAGAUGACGUGAAAACCAAUCGAACGUCAGACUCUUCCGUCGAAAAUGACACAUAUUUGUCCACUGAUCCGAAUCCCGAUUCGUCUUUGCGAAAGUCUCCAAAAGUAUUGAAGCCGGAUGUUCGAGACUUUGAUGGAGUUUCCGGUUCAGCUUCACCAGAAGUGCCAAAAUUGGAAAAUCAUCUCCCGCCAGAUUCGGAUGAAAACUCGCCUGAAACAACGAGGGAAUCGAUGCUCAGUCCGACAAAAGUAGAGGCUGACGCAUCGCUUCAACGAUCCUCGGAAAAUGAGGAUGUUUUGAUGACCUCCGCGCCGGAGAACCAGGAAACAUCCUCACGAAAUGCUUCCAAGAAUUCGGAAGUUUCUCCCAAACCCAGUCUUCCUGCGACAUUUUCAAAUUCGCCAAAGCGUGAUGUGGCUAAGAGAGCAGCUGCGUUGAUUGGUCGUGAGCAGUUGGCUCAACAUGCAGCGGAAAUGAGUGAAUCUGAGUCAGACCUGGAGCCAGAAACUAAUGGAAGAAUAUCAUUGCCAGUUCCGAGUGAUGCGUUGGACUCGGAAGAAGAACCAGACGAAGAGUUGUUUCGGGAUACGGUUGGGCUUCCGGAUGGGUUCCGAAGAGUGAUAUUCCGCCACGGGUCAGGGCACAAGAAGGGCAAGAUUUGGUGUUUCUAUCUAACGCCAGAGAAUUGGAGAUUGUGGGACAUAAAGCAAGUUCAAGGUUUCUUCAAAGCUCGCAGGUUAACAUCAGACCCAAAGCGCUACGACUUUCGUUUUCCACCUGGGCCAUCAUUCCAGUCUUUUGGUGCACCUGUCGUACACAAGAACGGCUUUGACUCAGAUACUGAGGAAAUGAUGCACAAGGGGAAUGCAGUCGUUAAAUCUGACGCUUUGGCAAAGAAAAACCAGAAGCUACCGGCGAGCGAAAGAAAGAGAACGUACGUGGAAGUGUUGAGGACUUCGGAAAAUAUGCCUCUGGGUUGGGUCAAGGUGAUCAUCAGGCGUGUGGGUGGUCCACAGGACGGCGUGCACUACUCAGUCAUUAUGUCGCCAAAUGGACAUAGGUUGAGGGCACCAACUACUCUCGAUCGGUAUAUCAAGAAGCAUGGAAUCAAGAACAUUACUGCGAGCAUGUUUGACUUCCGAACGACAGAACUGCUGAAGAAGCACGAGGAAGAACAGAAGCAAAUGUCCAAAAAGGUUGUUCGAGAGGAGACAUUACCAUCUUCGUCGCCUUCUAUCGGAAAAGUUGGAAAAUCGACUUCGAAGGCUCGUUCAGAGAAAUGGAUCUCUCCUACCCAACGAUUAUCCAAUUCGCUUCUCCGACGUGCCACGGCUUCGCUUCCCGGGCGAUGGGUACACCUGAAGACCCCGAAAACCAUCGGACGCCCCAAGAAAUGGCACUCCGUGGAUAGAAAGAGAACGAUUCGUACUCAGGACAGUAGCCGGAACCAGUGGGAAGAAAUUUUUGCGACUGCGGAGGGCGUACCAGCUGGAUGGAAGAAGGUCAUCAAACGUCAAACAUCCGGACGUGGCACUGGCAGGAUCAUUCCCUGCUUUGUCACGCCUUGUGGAAGGAGACUCUGGACAACAAGACGAGUCGUAGAUUAUGUGUCCCAGAAACGCCCUCCAGGAGUGGAGCUUUCGCAAUUCGACUUUUCUGUCAAUUUUAAUGGAAAGGAUCUUUUGAAGUUUGAAACGAACGCGCAGUGAUGUAACUCCGGCGUUGAAAGCGGUUGUUCCCGCUGUCGCAUGAGGGGAACUCAAACGCAUGGAAAAUACUCUGGGAGACAAAUCAAUUCGAAAUUCUGUCGAAACGAAGUGAAGAAAUUAUGGGAUUUCUUUUUGCUUGAUCUUUAUUCAUUUUUGAUGAUUCGCACGCGGAUGCUGGCGUUCUGUUUUCUUUGGGUUAAUACUUGGUGGAAAUGAUAUAUUGUUUUGUGGUUUGAGCUGAUCUCUGAAAAUUUUCUGGCGAUGAGAUAAAAUCGAAUAAAUCUCGAAAAA